AACUUGUACUUAGAGAUGUGUCCUUCUGUAGGACAAGCAGUUGCUAUUGGCUCCCCACCAUUUUGUCUCUCACAGGUGAUGAAAUGAAACCGGCAAGAGCUUCUUGGCUGUCUCCUCUUUGUGGUGAAGGGGAGGCAGGUGCUGUGGAACCAGAUCAGGGUCGAGUGUCUUUUGAGGGUGUUGCUGGGCAUUUCACCAGAAAGGGCCCCCGUGAAAUUUGCAGCUGGCUCCACCUUCUCUGCCGUCAGUGGCUGAAGCCAGAGGGUCACACAAAGACUCAGAUCCUUGACCUGGUGAUCCUGAAGCAGUUCCUGGCUGUCCUCCCUCCGGAGAUGGAGAGCUGGGUAAGGGAAUGUGGGGCAGAGACCACUUCCCAAGCGGUGGCCCUGGCCGAAGGUUUCCUCCUGAGUCAAGCAGAGGACAAGAAGCGGCAGAUAAGCAAUUUGUCUGCAGAAGCGAGCACUGACGCAAGAGAAAAUCCCCUGCAGAGUGGUAACAAUCAGGAGAGUGAUGGACAUCCCAUCUCAUUGGGUGAUGAAAUGGCGCUGGCAAGACCUGCUUGGCCAUUUCCUCUUGGCAACAGAUGGGAAGCAGCUGCUGUGAACCCAGAUCAGGGUCCCGUGUCGUUUGAGGAGGUGGCGGUGUAUUUCACAGAGGAGGAAUGGGCUCUGCUGGAUCCUGACCAGAGGGCGCUGCAUAAUGAAGUCAUGGAGGAGAAUUGUGGGAUGGUAGUCUCUCUCAUAGGUUAUGAAUGGAAAACUGAGAAUCAGAGAGAACUACAUGGGGUGUUUGCAGAAAGAGACACAUGUAUGAAGAUGGAGCAGCAGAGAUGGAAAACAGAAGGAGAGAAGAGGAGGAAUCAUUCCCCUGCUUCUCAGGGCACUGACUCCAGUGAAAUCCCAGUCCAAGAAGAAACGCAAAACAGAAGAGAAACAAUUACAUGUUUUGUAUGUUGGAGAAGUUUCCAUUCUAAAUCUAAACUUAAAACUCACUACAAAAUCGACACAGGGGAGAAACCACACAAAAGCUUUGAAUGCGCAAAGGGCUUUAAUACAAGCACAAGCCUUGGUAUUCAUCAAAGGGCCCACACAGGGGAGAAACCACAUAAAUGCUUGGAGUGUGGCAAGAGCUUCUCUCAGAAGAGAAAUCUGACAGCGCACCACAGAAUUCACACCGGAGAAAAACCAUUUAAUUGCUUGGAAUGUGGAAAGGCCUUCCGUCGGAGGACACAUCUCACUGCUCAUCAGAGAAUUCACACAGUAGAGAAGCUGUACAGGUGCUUGGAAUGUGGGAAGACCUUUAAAAGAAGCAGAAGCCUCACUACUCAUCUAAUAAUUCACGCAGGGGGGGAAACAUACAAAUGCUUGGAGUGUGGAAAGAGCUUCUCUAAGAAAAGGAAUCUCACUAACCACCACAGAAUUCACCUGGGGGAGAAACCAUACCAAUGUUCGGGCUUUAAUACAAGCACAAGCCUUGGUAUUCAUCAAAGGGCCCACACAGGGGAGAAACCACAUAAAUGCUUGGAGUGUGGAAAGAGCUUCUCUCAGAAGAGAAAUCUGACAGCGCACCACAGAAUUCACACCGGAGAAAAACCAUUUAAUUGCUUGGAAUGUGGAAAGGCCUUCCUUCGGAGGACACAUCUCACUGCUCAUCAGAGAAUUCACACAGGAGAGAAGCUGUACAGGUGCUUGGAAUGUGGGAAGACCUUUAAAAGAAGCGGAAGCCUCACUACUCAUCUAAUAAUUCAUGCAGGGGGUAAAACAUACAAAUGCUUGGAGUGUGGAAAGAGCUUCUCUCAGAAGAGGAAUCUCACUAACCACCACAGAAUUCACCUGGGGGAGAAACCAUACCAAUGUUCGGAAUGUGAAAAGCGCUUCUUCCGGAAGACGCAUCUCAAUACUCAUCAAAGAAUUCACACAGGGGACAAGCCAUUUAAAUGCUUGCAAUGUGGAAAGAGCUUUUGUUGGAAGAUCCAUCUCACUUAUCAUCAAAGGAUCCACACAAGGAAAACACCACAUAAAUGCUUGGAGUGUGGAAAGAACUUUUCUCAGAAUUCUCUCCUUGUUACCCAUCAAAGGAUCCAUACAGGGGAGAAACCAUUUAAAUGCUUGGAGUGUGGAAAGAGCUUCUCUCAGAAGACAAAUCUUGCUUCCCACCGCAGAACUCACACAGGGGAGAAACCAUAUAAAUGUUCAGAAUGUGGAAAGAGCUUCUGUCGAAGGACACAUCUCACUACUCAUCAGAGAACUCACACGGGGGAGAAACCAUACAAAUGUUUGGAAUGCGGAAAGACCUUUAGUAGAAACAGAAGCCUAACACAUCAUCAAAUAACUCACACUGGGGAGAAACCGUACAAAUGUUUGGAAUGCGGAAAGAGCUUCUAUUGGAAAAUGCAUCUUACUUAUCAUGAAAGAAUUCACAGAAAGGAUGCACCACAUAAAUGCUUGGCGUGUGGAAAGAUCUUUUGUCAAAAUUCUGACCUCGUAACCCAUCAAAGGAUCCAUACAGGGGAGAAACCAUUUAAAUGCUUGGAAUGCGGAAAGAGCUUCUGUCAGAAGAUAAAUCUGAGUAAUCAUCUAAGAAUUCACACGGGGGAGAAACCCUUUAAGUGCUUAGAAUGUGGAAAGACCUUUAGUACAGGCACAAACCUCACCACUCAUCAAAUAAUUCAUACACGGGAGAAACCAUUUAAAUGCUUGGAGUGUGGAAUGGCCUUUAAGAGAAACAGAGGCCUCAGCAUUCAUCAAAGGAUCCACACAGGGGAGAAGCCACAUAAAUGCGUGGAGUGUGGAAAAAGCUUUCGCCAUAGUUCUGCCCUUGUUAAUCAUCAGAGAAUCCAUACAGGAAAGAAACCAUAUAAAUGCUUGGAGUGUGGAAAGAGUUUCUGUCAGAAGACACAGCUCACUGCUCAUCAAAGAAUUCACACAGGAGAGAAACCGCAUAAAUGUAUGGACUGUGGGAAGAACUUUUGUCGGAAGGAAUCACUUGCUGCUCAUCAGAGAAUUCACACUGGGGAGAAACCAUUUAAGUGUUUGGUAUGUGGAAAGAGCUUCACGCGGAAGAUAAGUCUUGUUUCUCAUAAAAAAAUCCACGCAGGAGAGAAACCAGCAGGGCUUGGAGGAUUUGAAGCAGGAGUCUGUAGCCCAGUUGCAGGCAUCCUUGGAAUAGUAAGAAAGAUGGAAGACCAAGACUCAGCCGGCCUGGAUGGGGAGAAGACCCUCAGCUCAGAUGUGCGGCGCCAGCAAUUCAGAAAGUUCUGCUACCACGAGGCUGAGGGACCCCGAGAGGUUUGCAGCCAACUCCACCACCUUUGCCGUGAGUGGCUGAAGCCAGAGCGAUGCACAAAGACUCAGAUCCUGGACCUGGUGAUCCUGGAGCAGUUCCUGACCGUCCUUCCCUCAGAGAUGGAGAGCUGGGUCAGGGAAUGUGGAGCGGAGACCAGUUCCCAGGCAGUGGCCCUGGCUGAAGGUUUCCUCCUGAGCUGGGCAGAGAACAAGAAACAGGCAGAGCAGCAGGUAAAGUGUCUCUUUGCAGAGGUGGCAGCUAAUUUCCCUGAGAGAGAGAGUUCUUCACUGGAUGUGAAGGAGUGCUUCCUGCUAAGGAGAAACGUUCUGGAGAGCAGUGGAGGUGCUGCAUUACUCAGUGAAGAAAUACUGGUGGCAAGACCUGCUCAGCCGUCUCCUGUUCGCAACAGACAGGAAGCAGUUGCUGUGGCACCAGAUCAGGGUCCCGUGUUGUUUGAGGAGGUUGCUGUGGAUUUCACAGAGGAGGAGUGGGCUCUGCUGGAUGCUGACCAAAGGACACUGCAUAAAAUAGUCAUGGAGGAGAAUUGUAGGAAUGCUUUCUCUCUUGGAUGUGAAUGGAAAACCAAAAAUGAAGGCGAACCACAUGGGGUGUUCGCAGAAUGGGACACAUGUAUACAGAGAGAAGCUCAAAGAAGGAAACCUGAAGGGGAAGAAAAGAGGAGGAAUAAGUCCCCUUAUUCUCAUGGCAACGUGAGCCAUCAUAUCCCGGUCCAAGAAAAUACGCAAAAGAGUACACACUUUGUAUAUUGGAGAAGUUUCCCUUCUAAAUCAAAACCAAAAACUCAUUACAAAAUCCACACAGACGAAAAACAAUUUAAAUGCCUGGAAUGCGGAAAGAGAUUUUCACGAAAGACACAUCUCAUUAUUCACCAAAGAGUUCACAUGGGGGAGAAACCAUUGAGAUGCUUGCAUUUUGGAAAGAGAUUCCGUCAGAAGAGAAAUCUCGCUGCUAAUCAAAGAACUCACAAGGGGGAGAAAGCAUAUAAAUGCUUAGAGUGCGGAAAGAGCUUUCAUCAAAAGUAUGUCCUUUUUACUCAUCAGAGGAUCCAUACAGGAGAGAAACCUUUUAAAUGCUUAGCAUGUGGAAAGAGUUUCUCACAGAAAAUACACCUCACUACUCAUCAAAGAACCCACACUGGAGAGAAACCGUAUAACUGCUUGGAGUGUGGUAAGAGUUUCACUCGGAGGACGAAUCUCACGUCACAUCAAAGAAUUCACACAGGGGAGAAGCCAUAUAAAUGCUUGGAGUGUGGAACAAGCUUUCGUAACACUUCUACCCUUUGUAAUCAUCAGAGGAUCCAUACAGGGGAGAAAGCGUUUAAAUGCUUGGAGUGUGGGAAGAGCUUCCGUCAGAAGAAAAAUCUUUAUGCUCAUCAAAGACUUUACACCGGGCAGAAAGCAUAUAAAUGCUCGGAGUGUGGAAAGAGCUUUCAUCGAAAUUCUGCCCUUGUUACCCAUCAGAGAAUCCAUGUAGGGGAGAAACUGUUCAAAUGCUUGGAGUGUGGGAGGAGCUUCUUACGGAAGACACAUCUCACUACACAUCAGAGAAUUCACACUGGGGAGAAACCACAUACAUGCUUGGAGUGUGGAAAGAGCUUUUCACAGAAGAUCCAUCUCACCACUCACCAAAUAAUCCACACUGGGGAGAAACCAUAUAAAUGUUUGCAGUGUGGGAAGAGCUUCACUCGCAAGUCAAAUCUCACUUCACAUCAAAUAAUUCACACACGGGAGAAGCCUUUUAAAUGAUUGGAGUUUGGGAAAUGUAGACGCAGUCUGGAUAUGGAAUGUGAGUCUGUGACAGUUGAACUCCGCUUUCAGAUUGGUGCUAAGCUGGCAAGGGAUGGAGGAUG